AUGACUUUAUUUGGACUGUCAUUUUUUGUCCUGGCUUUAUCUUACUUCUUUAGCGUCUACAGCAGGCCAACAGGUGACCACCUGCGCAACAUAGACAGCUUCAUCCGAGCCGUGCAACAGGUAGAAGACUCAAACCCUGGUCUCUCCCCCCUGGCUCUGGUCCGGGCCCUGCGGAGGACCGCUGGCCACGAUGAUGAGAUGACCAAUCAUUUUUUGGGUGCCUCGUAUAAUCUCAGUGAUGCUGAGCUGCUGGAGACAGCCAUUCUCAAUGCCUCAUCUUUUAGCUUCUUUGACAAGGCCUUUCACCACAUAGUGACAAAUUAUGGAGAGGAACGAGGGGUGGUUCUGGCUCCAGAUGGGACCACGGUAGCCCUCACACCAUUACUUCUAGGAAUUGAAUCAGGACUGAAAGCCAAGCUUGAGGGGACGCCAGCUGUUGGGCUCUUCCCUCUCACCUUAGGCAGGACGCUGGGUUUGUCCUUCGUCAGUCUCCAAGACUUCCCGCCAUCUUAUCGCCUGGGGCCUAAUGGGUGCUGGGACAGCAUGGACCACCCAAAACUAUUCAAGCUGUCUCGGCCUGCCACAUUGGCCACUGAUGCUGUCAUUUAUGGGGGCAUGGAUGGAGCUAUACUGGGCAUGGACCUCAGCAACCUACCUGCAUCUGAACAGCCCCAGACCCUCAGUGAGAUUUUAAAAGGAUACUAUAGUUUUGUUCUGCAUGAGAAGCAGGGUCUUGAUGCCGUGACCAGACAUAUUAGCCCGAGGCGAAGGGAGAUCUCUAGGUCCAUCGUGGAGCCACUUGAUCUUUACAGCCAGGUGAUGGAGACACUAGUACUAGUCUGGAAGUUGGAGAAGACAGAAUGGAUUGCCCUGGACAAUGGAGUCGGGAAGACAGUGAAGGAUGGACUGCAGGAGUUUGUGCACAAGUACUGGGACUGCCCGCAAAUCAUCCCUCGUUGUCAGUGGGGGGCAAAACCCUAUCAGAGUACACCUAUGCCACUGUUUUUGCCCCUCCAAUUUCUCUAUGUUCACCACACCUAUGAGCCAUCCUCGCCCUGUUUAUCCUUCCCAAACUGCUCUCGCAACAUGAGAGCCAUGCAGCGUUUCCACCAGGUAGAUCGUGGUUGGAGCGACAUAGGAUACAGCUUCGUAGUGGGUUCUGAUGGCUACAUCUAUGAAGGCAGAGGUUGGAACCACCUUGGCAGACACACCAGGGGGCACAAUGCCAUUGGGUACGGCGUGUCAAUCAUUGGUAACUACACAGCCACCCUGCCGUCUCGCCACGCCUUGAACCUGGUGCGCCAUGAUCUCGUCAGAUGUGCAGUAGACGGAGGGAGACUGGCUGCCAACUUCACUAUCCAGGGCCACAGACAGGUGGUGAACUACACCUCCUGCCCUGGAGAUGCCUUCUAUUCAGAAAUAACAAGCUGGGAACACUUCAGUGAAUGACAGGACCUCUGUUGGCAGUUUGAGAUUUUUAAACAUCAUUAACGAGUCUGAAGAGUAUGAUUACUGCCACUGCCGUGCUGUUUUUUUCUUCGUUUAUGAAAUAAUUUCACUGUAUGAAAUAGAUCUUGAGUUAAUCCUUCACUCCUGAUUAGUUUAUCAUUAUAAAGGACUGUAGAUGCCACCUUUCCCGGUAAAGAAUUAACUGAAAUCAAUGUUUGUUUAAAUGGUGGCUGUCUGGUCAUCCUCAAAUGCAGGGCAUCCAUGGGUUCAACACUGAGAAUCAGUCAGGCUUAUGUAUCCUGAAAGGACCUCAGUAUUAAGAUGUGAUCAGAUCCUGUUUACUUUUCCAAAAUUAAU